AUGGGUCGUGCUCGCUCGGAACCAUCUCCUGGUAGGCCGGUCCCAUUGGAUGUCACGGCCGAUCGUCUGAACUUCCCCAACCAUGCGUCCCCUGGCAUUCCUGGGGCUUCCGGUCGGUCCCCCCUGGGGUGGGAACGGUUUCUAGAAGGGAAUCAUCCACCUCCCCCAGCCUCGCCAGCUCAGGUGGCCACUACCCACGCCCCUGGAGCCAUGGUCCUCCCGUUUGACUUUCGGCGUCCGUCUGGUGGGAUGGGCCCUGGACUGCUUGUGAUUGGUUUCCCAUCGACAAGCGUCUCGGAUCCCUCGUGUCGUCGGUGGAUUUGA